GAACAUUUUUCAAUUGAUUUGAUGUGAUUGUUGUUGUUGUUUGAAAUGAAUUUUAAAAAAUAAAAAAAAAUUUCUUUUGGUUUUUAACUUUGAUAUUAUGACAUACAAAUGGAACAUUAUAAUUCAAAUUGGAUCGAUCUAAAUCAUCAUCAUCAUCAUCAAUCAAUCAAUAAUCAUUACAAUUAUCGAUUAUAUUCAUAUUUAUUUAUAAUAUUUAUUGGUAGUAUAAUUAAUGAUCAACAAAUAUUACAACAAGAAUUAAUUAUAUUUAAAUAUUCAAAUCCAAAUUUAAUACAUGAAUUAUUUGUUAAAAGUGGUUGGCCAUUUUUAACAUUUUUUCUACAUAGUUCUCUAACAUUUAUAACCUGUGCAAUUAUUUGUAAAAUUCAUUAUAAUGAUAAUAAUAAUGAUAAUCGACAAUCAACAAUUACCAAUGACAGUUGUAAUCAAACGCUUGACAUAAAAUUACGAAAUUAUAUUGAAUCACGUUUUUUACAACAAUAUCUACGACAACAACAACAACAAUAUUGUCAAUCAAAAAUCGAAGAUGAUGAUCAAGAUCUUGAAGAAAUUGAAAUGGCAAGAAAAUCAUUUCAUUUCCAUAAUAACGAUAAUGGUGAUAUUUUAUGUUAUCCAGGUUUUAUACAAUUUACAAAUGAUGAUGAUGAUGAUGAUCGAAAAAUUGUUGUUUCAACCCAAUCAUUCAGCAAUAUGAAAUCAUUACCAUUAUCACCACCGUUAUCAUCAUCAACAUUAUCAUCACCAUCAUCAGCAGCAUCAACAAUGAACCAGAAAAUGAAACCAGUUUCAGGUUUCAAUCAUACCUGUAUAAUAAUAAAUAUAUUUAUAAAAUUAAUAUCAAUCAUAUGGGAUAUAAUCCUUUUACAAACAAUAUUUUUCUAUCAUACAACUAUUGAAAAAUUAUUAUCAUUUAUAUGGACCAUUUGUUGUUGCCAUUUUCUUAAUAAUUCAUUUUCUUCAUCUACAUAUAAAUAUCUAUAAUAAUCUAAAUUUAAGUUGAAUCCAAAAAAAUUUUAUAAAAGUUUUACAAAUAAAAAACAAAAAUUUAAUUUAAAAAACC